GAGAAACUCUUGCGUUAGCAGAAACUUGUUUUAGCUGGAGUAGAAGGACAUAGUUGCCUGUGUCAACAAACAAAUUACAAUACUGCUUAAGCGUUAAUAAAAAGAAAAAUUGUUAGAUAAGGAUUGUGGAUGAAAUAAAGUAGUGAAAAUGGCGAAUGAAAAUUCAAAUAAUCCUGAGGUUGAUCAGGACAAGUUUGAUGAAACAGCGAUGGAUGAAAAUAUGGACGACUCGAAGAUGAAAUUCUUGAACGCCAAUGGCGACGACCCACAUGUUAAAGUUGAGAUCAGUUCCAGCUCAGAUGGCGACGGUUCUUUUACGGGUCUGGGUAAGGAGGAGUUAAUGAAGUAUGCCACCGAUCCAUUCUGGGUUCGCACCAGAAAGAUCCUUUUUGGCUUGUUUUGGAUCGGUUGGGUUGGAAUGUUGGUUGCAGCUAUCCUCAUCAUUGUUUUUGCGCCGAAAUGCCCUGAACGCCCCGACCUGAAGUGGUUCCAGAAGGAUGUCAUCUAUCAGAUCCAGCCAAAGUCAUUUAAGGACACGACUAAGGACCCUACUAGUGUUGGUGCUGGUGUCGGAGACCUUCAAGGAAUCCUUGAAAAGGUUCCUUACCUUGAAGACCUAGGAGCCAACACCAUGUGGAUCAACUCGAUCUUCAAAUCCGGUGGAUUGUACGACGGAAACGAUGUUGAGGACCACAAGGCUGUUGACGAAAUCUUUGGUGGCAUGGCAGCGUUUGAUCUGCUAAGAAAAGAAACAAAGAAGAAGGGUAUGAAAAUGAUCCUGGACUUCAUUCCAAAUCACACUGGAAAGAAGCAUGAAUGGUUUGUAAAGAGCGAAGCAAAGGAUGCCGAUUAUGCAGACUUCUACAUCUGGGCAGAUGGAGAUUCUUCCACACCACCAAACAACUGGAAAACGACAUACGGAGAGCCUGCUUGGACCUACUCAGCUGACAGAAAACAAUGGUAUUACCACUCUUAUAUGCCAGAAUAUCCUGACCUCAACCUGCGAAAUGAUGAAGUCAUUGGUCAACUAGAUGGCAUCAUGAGGUUUUGGCUGGAGAAGGGAAUUGAUGGCUUCGCAAUCCAAGGACUGCAGCGCUUGGUGGAGGGAAAUGACACAUCCGCAAUAGAAUUUGAAACAGGAGAACAAACCAACGAUCAGCCUGAAAACCUGAAGCUUGUCUCUCGAUGGAGAGGAAUUGUUGACUCUUUCUCAGACAAGCCAGGCCGGGAAAGGGCACUGAUUGGCUCUGUGGCUGGAAAUGCUAACUUGACUGCAGAGUAUGCACAAGCCGGGAUGCAUGUUGUUACGUCACAAGCCCUGGUUGGUUUGAAUCCUGCUGUAUGUAAUCAGGCCUGUUUCAAGGAAACGUUAGAAAAAUCAACAGGAGCAUCAGGCUGGAAGGGAUGGAUGGUUGAUAAUGAGAACAGUGGACGAUUUGCCAGCCUCCUCGACUCCACACAACAGAUGGCAAUGCAGGUACUUCACCUAUUGCUGCCCGGAACACCAAUCAUCUACUACGGAGAUGAGAUAGGCAUGAAGAACGGACAGGUCUCCAGUGCCACGGUGAAGGAUCCAUUGAAUGCGUUCAUUACUGGACGGGAUGCUUAUCGUACUCCCAUGCUUUGGAAGAACAUGCCCAAUGCUGGCUUCUGUGCUGCGGACAUCACACCCUGGCUGCCUAUUGGUGAUUUUGAAUCUGAAACUGUUGAGUACAAUCACGCCCAUCUUCAGGGUUACAACAUAUUCAAAUCCUUCAAUGAUCUAACAGUACUUCGUAAAAAUGAGGCAUUCCAGUUCGGAUCCAUUGAAAUUGGCCUGCUGAACGACCAAAUACUCUACUUCACCCGUAAAGCAAAGGGAUUCCCAAGCUACCUGGUCGUCAUCAACAAGGGUGCCAGGACGGUCGGCUUUUCCGAUGUAGCAGACAGUAUGACCCUGGUCUAUGACUCUGCAGGCGUUGACAGAGUGGGCGAGACAUUUAACCUGAAGGAAGCCCCAAUUGCUUUUGCAAAUGGGGAGAUAUAUGUUUUCCAGUUUUAAAAAAUCUUUAUUUAUUGUGUGCUACUUUAGGUCCUUUUUUGAAGGCAGUUUGGAGAUAAGCACUUUAGAAGAAUGAAUUGAAAGUGUCUAAAAAAUAUUUGAUGUGAAAUAUGUGAUUUUUAUUAUUUCACUUUAUACAAUGAAAUGAACAUUAAAUUGAGUUAAAGAGAUAAUCAGUUCGGAUUGAAUGUUUUUAAAAGAGAGCGUUGACAUGCCUAGAAAAAGACCUAACUAAAUUUGUUGAACCUACAUGUACAUGCAUUCAGUUAUUGACUGUCCAAAGCAGUAUAUUAUACAAGCCUAUUUUAUGUGUUUUGUCUAAACUAGCUUAAUGUUUGAUAAUUAUAUGAAAUGGAUAAAAUGAAUGGUUUAAGAAUGGACAAAACCUACACACUGAGGACGUUAAUUCUGGUUUAAAGUGGAACAUCCUUUAAUACAGUAAGUCAAUAUGGCUCAUUUUUACUGCUAAAACAAUACAUUGUAUUUUAAGAUUUAGGAUAUCUAACAUUUGCGUGACUGUAUACAUUCUAAAGAAACAUAGCAUGGAACAGACAAAGAAAAUACUAAUGUUUUUUUGAGCUUGAAAUGUUAGAUAUUUGGAUAUGAGCCCAAGAUAACAAUGUUGGCAGUCUGCCUUGUUGAUGAGAUUGUGUGGAACAUCUAUUCAUUUGUAUGACAUGUAUGUAGGUUAAACAGAUUUUACAACAGAUAACCUUGGUCUACUGAUGACCUGAAAUUGCAGAAUACAAUGUUGACAGAUGUAUUUGAAACCAUGUACAUUUCAUCUAUUGUCAUAGAUACAUUGUAUACUCAAUUAUCUCGGUCAUCAGAACACUCGACUCUUUAAUUCUUUUUACUUCCAGAAAAAUGCUUAGCCCGAUGAAUAUUUUCUUUCUAUAGAAAAAAGUAUAAAAUGUUGAAGUUAAAUGAAAUUUUACGAGUUUCUUUUUCGGCAAACCUGUAUUUAAGCUUUCUUAUAAUUGUUCCUCUUCUUGUUGAAACUCGAAUAAAUUAACUGAUGUCAAA